AUGGCAUCAUUUUUGGUCUUCUGUCUUCCGCUUUACUUUGUCAUGAAAUAUCACGAAGAGCCAGGUGGAAAGUUACCCUGGUGCAACCCAAUGAUGUCUUUCACUUUUAGUGGCGUCUACAUGGGCGUUUUGACCUUUUUUUCUUACAUUUUACCCUUGACCAUAAUAACCUUCACCUACAUCGUUAUAUCACGGUUAAUAAAUCGGAGCAGUGCCUUCAUCAAACUAAUGAAGAAGGAAGGUAAGCCAGAUAAUGAACAACGUCUCUCCAAAAUUAAGAGCGUUCGCCUCAGACAAAACGAACGCGCCAAGAAAAUUCUUACGCCACUCGUUUUGACUUUCGCCGUCACAAUGCUUCCCUUGAAUAUUUUUCGUCUCAUCAUGGCGUGGAAGGAAGCACUGGUCGAACAACAUGUUAAAUUGAUGUGGUGA